AUGGCGUCCUUCCUCAAACACAAGGACCACGCAGCUCCUGCGCUUGCGACCGCAGCUGACCCAUCUGAAGCGCAGAUCAACGCGGCUCAUGCCAAGGAUGCCGCCGAAGAAGCAGCCGUCAGCGCAAAGUUGAAGCAGAACGAGGCCGCCGGUGCUCGUGUCCUCGAGUUCGACGAAAAUGCUACUCCACAAGAAAAGGCUGCACAGGCUGCCAAGGCGAUGGACCGCAUCAAACCCAAGAACGCUCCAGCAGCCCCUCAGAGUUCAGGCAUCGCAAGCGACAUUGGCGGAAAGAAGGUCGACCCUACUCUCAAUCUCAAGGACGUCGAUAAGCUCAAUCAGCAAGAAAAGGACGCUCCCGGCUCGCUUCCAGCCGGCCAACCCAACGCCAACCUCCAGCCCGGAACCGUGGCAGGCUGGGCUGCUGCGUCACUCGCCGCAAGAGGCCUUCCGCUUGAUCGCGCCGUCAACACCGAUGAGGAGGCUCAACGCGAUUUUAUCACCGCCUUCAUCGGCGAAAGCUACCUUGGCUACUUCUGGUGGAACGCCUCGGUCAUCAUCCUCGCCGUCCUCUGCACUUACUUUGCUACACGUCUUGGAGGCGGUCUCGCAUCCAUCUGCAUCAUCGCUGCUUUCUGCUCCACCUACUACAACACCAGCAUGCGACGCACUCGACAGCGUGCCCGCGACGACAUCACUCGCGAGCUCGCCAAGAAGAAGAUGGUCUCGGAACACGAGUCUGCCGACUGGAUCAACCACUUCCUCUCGCGCUUCUGGCUCAUCUACGAGCCCGUCCUCUCCGCCACUAUCAUCGGCAUCGUCGACCAAAUCCUGGUGCAAAACUGCCCUUCUUUCCUCGACUCGAUCCGCAUGACCACCUUCACCUUGGGCACCAAAGCACCUCGCAUCGACUCGGUCCGCACCUUCCCCAACACCGAAGAGGACGUCGUCAUGAUGGACUGGAAGUUCAAUUUCACACCAAGCGACGUCCUCGACCUCACGGUCAAACAGGCCAGCCAGAAGGUCAACCCCAAGAUUGUCCUGACCGUUCGCAUCGGCAAGGGCUUUGUUGGCGCAGGCCUCCCUAUCCUGCUCGAGGACAUCAACUUUGUCGGCCACAUCAGACUUCGCAUGAAGCUCAUGAGCAACUUUCCUCACGUUCAGCUCGUCGACAUCUCGUUCAUGGAACCACCAAAGAUCGACUACGUCCUCAAGCCUAUCGGAGGCAACACGUUCGGCUUUGAUAUCGGCAACAUCCCUGGCCUCUCCGACUUCAUCCAGGGUCAGAUUCACGCCAAUCUCGGCCCGAUGAUGUACAACCCCAACCUCUUCACCAUCAACCUCGAGCAGAUGAUGUCCGGAACCCCGCUCGAUACCGCUGUCGGUGUGCUCCAGGUUAACAUCUGGUCGGCGCGCAACCUCAAGGGAGUCAAGCUCGGUGGAGGCACACCAGACCCGUACGUGACGCUUUCCAUCGACAAUCGCGACGUUCUCGCCAAGACCUCGGUCAAGAAAGGCAGUGCUAACCCCCAGUUCAAGGAAACCAAAGUCGUCUUGCUCAACAAUCUUAACGGCAUGCUCACCAUGGCCGUCAUGGACUUUAACGAACACCGCCCCGAUUCAACCCUUGGUCAGGCCGCCUUCGACCUCAAGGAGCUCAUGGAAGAUCCUGAGCAAGAGAACCUCAGCACUCCGGUCAUCCUGGACGCAAAGGAGCGCGGUGAGGUGCAGUACUCGCUCUCCUACUACCCUGUCCUCAAACCCGAGGUGGGCGAGGAUGGCCAGCCCAAGCCGAUGCCCGAGACUCGCUCAGGAGUCGUGCGCUUCACCUUGCACCAAGCCAAGGAGCUCGACAAGCGCGCUGGAUUCGGUGGCGAACUGUGUCCCAAGGGUCGCAUCAAGCUCAAUGGUCAGACAGUAAAGGACACCAUCGUCAUCAAGCGCAGCACCAACCCCAUCUUCGAAAUGCCCGUCGAAUUCCUUGUCACUGACCGCAACAAGGCCGUCAUCACCGUCGAGAUUCUGGACGACCGUGAUCUGCGCGCCGAUCCUGUGGUUGCGUAUGUCAGCAUUAGACUCGACGACCUUCUCGCGGCCAAGGAAAAGCAGCAGGACUGGUUCCCGCUCAAGAGCUCCAAGAACGGUCGCGUGCGCAUGUCGGCCCAAUGGAAGCCAGUGCAGAUGUCUGGCAGCAUGAACGGAAGCAGUGGAUAUACACCCGCCAUCGGUGCCGUCAAGUUCUGGAUCAAGCGCGCCACCGACGUCAAGAAUGUGGAAGGAAUGACCGGAGGCAAGUCGGAUCCCUACGUCCAGCUUCGUGCACGUGGUCAAGCCGUCGAUGGCUCUACAAUCGUCAACAACAACCUCAACCCCGAGUGGGACGAGAUCUUGUACGCUCCUGUCCAUUCACUCCGCGAGAAGAUCACGCUCGAGAUCAUGGACUACCAGAACACCGGCAAAGAUCGAUCGCUUGGCAACGUCGAAGUCGACGUCGCUCAGCUCGCCACCGAAUCCAGCGGCGGAGAUCCGCGACACAGGUACUCGGGCACUGGCAAGCAGGUGCAUAAGGAUAAGAUUCACCUCGGACGUGGUAUCUACAAGGGCCAGAUCGAGUUCGACUGUGAGUUCCUGCCAGCAGUGAACAUCAAGGGCGCCGAGUUUGACGAGCGCGAGAACGAAGCUGUCGCAAAGAGUGGCGCUAUCCGUGAGGAACCUGAGGAGGAGGCUGAGGCAUCUGGUGUCAACGGCGUCGACAAAUCCAAGGCGGUCACCAACGGCGUCGGAGCAGCUUCAGGCCAUGCUAAGAAGGCAUCGAUCGCUUCGAUUAGCAGUGUCAAAGCAGCUCCCGCCACCGGUCGCCCGUCAACCGCAGACGCGGCUGCAGAGGGCAUCACGCUUUCCAAGGAGCAGUUGCUUCAAGAACAAUCCGGUAUCAUCGUGUUCAACAUCUUGCAAGGUCAGCUACCUCAGAGCAAGAAGCACGCUCGUCUCGAGGUGCUCUUCGACGAUGGCUACUGGCCAGCCUACACCACGGAAAAGGCUCGCACAGCUCACCACACCUGGGACGAGGUUGGCGAGUCGGUGGUCAAAGAGCUCGACUGGUCCAAGUUUCUUCUCAAGCUGCGCACCGGCGAUGGCGACGACGACGUGUUUGCAGAAUUCGCAGGCAACACCAAGGAUGUGCUCGAGAAGGCGCUCAACUCGCAGUACGAAUUCCGACUGCACAACGCCGCUGGCGCUCAGGUGGCUAGUGUUGUCAUGCAGUGCCGAUACAUCCCGAUCAACCUGCACCUCGAGCCCGUUGAGAGCGUCAACAAUCAGGGUUUCCUCCGUAUUGACCUGGUCAACGCGCGAAAUCUUCGAGCAGCUGAUCGCGGCAACCGCUCCGACCCGUACUUUGCCUUUGUGCUCAACGGAGAGCGGUUGGCAAAGUCCAAAGUGGUCAAGAAGACGCUCAAUCCAGACUACAACGAGAACUUGGGCGAGUUUAAGGUGCCCUCGAGAGUGCACGCCGAGGCCAUCUUUGAAGCGUACGACUGGGAUCAGGUCGGUACACCUGACAAGCUCGGUAAAGCCCAGGUGGAUCUGUCUGUGCUCGAGCCGUUUGAGCCGUUGCAGAAGACCUAUGCACUCACCGGCAAUGGCGCCACGGAGAACUCGGAGGUGACCUUGCGCUUCGUGUUCAAGCCCGACUUUGUCACGAAUCGCGAGCGCAAGGGCACCAGCAUCAGCCGCACAUUCACGUCGGGCGUGGCCGGUGUGGGUCGCGUCGGAGCCGGUGGUGUAAUGACGGUUGGGACCGGAGUGGGCAAGGUGGGUAUGGGUGUCGGGAAAGCCGGGUUCGGCGUUGGAAAGGGUGUUGUGGGCGUUGCAGGUAAGGGUGUCGGUGGCGUCACCAAGGGAGUGGGUGGCUUGAUUCGUCCAGGCGGACGCAAAGUCUCGGCGAGCGAGAUCGCUGCUGGUGAAGAAGCGCUGCUAGAUCCAGCCACUGGCGAGAUGGUAGCGCCGGAGUACGUGACCGAUGGCCUGCCUGCUGCAUCUGCGGGAGCGGGUCUGCCUGCAGGCCUCAGCAGCAUCCCGGUGCCUGCGAUUCCGGAAGAUGCCGACGCCAGCGUGGACCACGACGCUCGCUCGAUGGCCGAAUCGCAGGGCACGCCGUCGAAGCGCAAGUCGAGGUUGCACAAUCCUUUCAAGCGUCACAACAAUUGA